AGUACAUGCUUCCAAUCAAUAACAUUAGUAUCUCUGUCAUACGGCCAAAAGUUGAUCCCAAUCAAUGUCUGAUAAAAACAGCCAACUCAUUGUCGUUCUUGGGUUUUUUCUAACCGUGAUUGUUUGUCAUUGGAGUUUUACUUCGUUGUCAAAUGGAACUAGACAAGUCUACGUUACACAUUACGACGUGAAACACCAUCUGGAACAAAGUGUUAUGGAUAAUAUUAAACAAGAAAUUCAAACCAUUACUAUGAAAUUGCUACGGAACUUGACAAUGGAAAAUUAUCGAAAAACAUUUUUUUCUGACAUGGAAAUAGGAGAUUGUGAUUUGCUUGUUGAAAGACGUUGCUACAUCACAGUGGUUUACUUGGAAACAGUACCAUAUUCUCGAGCGGUAUCGAUUUGUCAAGAUAAAAAUUCAAGCGUUGCUCAAAUACCCGACGAAAAUACUUACAACAACAUUAUGAAAAAUAUUCGUUCGAAAAUACCAGAUGACUGGAUUUCCACAUCAGUUUGGAUUAAAGGGCCAGUUAUUGAAAAGAUCAAACACUUUGCAGGUGAUUCUUCAAAUUAUAAUAAAUGGCAGGAGGAUCAGCCAAUCCAGUCUACAUCAAGUUGGCCAAACUUUUAUCUAGUGGUUGAUCGAGAUCCAGGCUCUAAAGAACAGGGUAUGCGAUCCGGAUUUGCUUUAUCCGCUCUACGAGGAGUCGUAUGCGAACGAUGAACAUUUUGGUAAAGCUUACUCAAAGCAUAGAAAAAUAAAAUAAUGCAAAAAACAUUCCCUUCAUCCGCGCAUAAUUCUCGAUAAAAGAAUCAAACUUCGAAGCAGAAACCGAAGAAUAGAGCAUAUUUGGUAAUGAAAUAAGUUUAAUUUUAACUUCCCAUUUCGAGUGGAUUUUGUUACAGUUAUAACCAAAUUACUUUACCCAUUCUUUUAUUCUGUUGAAUCGGCGACACCACUUGUUUGUGCUAUCCUCUUAACCGCAAUCACAUUCGCAUAUUUCGCUUCACUGUAUCUUUAAUUUAUAUUAUUGCAAACACCUAGAAAACAUCAUAUGAGAUGCAUAUUGUAUUCGAUUCUAGUUCCGGGUAUAUGACAAGGUUAUAUUGUAGAAUGUAGAUAAUAAUGUUAUAUUUACUGACGAUCUUUACAUAUAAAUCAUAGAAAAAACGGUAACUGAGUAUUGUGUAAAAAUAUUUGCUUUGUAACAUGCGCGCAGCAUCACGUUUAUUAUUAUUAUUCGUCUUCUUAUCAUCACUUGCGGUGAGCAAUAUUUAAUCUUGAUAUGCGAAUACAUAGACUCAGUGAGAGGCAAGUAUACCGUUCAGUAGGGCUGCUUGCCACAACUAUGCCCCAUUUCUAUUCACUAUAUUUGCUUACUGGGAUAAUAAUUAAUAACCAGUGAUAUUUCGUCACUCAGUCUGGUUUUUAACAACUCAAAGACAGGAAGUGUCUGUCUCCACCAGUUAUUUGCAACAAAAGAUUUACAAGUUGGAUUGGCGAAUACCACACAUCUAUUUUGAGAUACGUAACGUAUACUAUAGUGAAUAAAAAUAUUUAUUUCGCUUUUCAGAUGGUCUUUUGCAGAACCCAAUUAAAUACUUUCGAAAUAACAAUGGUAUAGUCAAAAAUUCGCAGUCAUCCUUUUUGAGAAAAAAAGAAUUCUGUCCAUCAUAAACCAUUUGUGUAACAAUCAUGCGUGUUUUAGUUUGAGAACACGUUUCUCGAAAUGAUUUACUGAACCAGUUCGAUUUUUUAUGUAUCAGGCAGCGCCAGAUUUAGACGUUGAGAGAUCCUAGGCCAGUCAUGUACAGCCAAAAUGCAUUCUGGACCGCCAAUUAUAAUUCAGUUUUGUCGCGGGCAGCAUACGAUUUGAUAAUCUUUAGCAGACAAGAAACAUUUAAGUUAGCAUUGAUUUUAAGCCAAGGAAAAAAAAUUUCUGCUCCUUCAAACCGCUUUUCAGCAAUAUAGCUAACAGUAUCUUGGCUUUUCGCUCGCAGGCAAUUUUUUCCAUAAUUUCUUAGUGCGUGAGCUCGAAAUGUAUUUGCAAAUUGAGAGACUUAAAGCUCGAAAAGAUUUUACGAAAUAUCAUUAGGUUAACAAAAAGGCACUUCUCCCCAAUUUUUUUUUUGUAAAUGCCGCCUGUUUUGUCCUCGAGCGCCCUGCCCUCCCUUGCUGUCUGUUUCUGUAGCAUCAUGCCUAUAAUAUAUAUAAUACCUUA